GUCCAUUUUGGAUAUUUACAUACUCUCUAAAGGCUGGUCUUCAAAACCAGGAGUGUGGACUUGAAGCGCAAGCUGUAGGGAUAUGGCUUUCAGGGUAGCCACACCAAGGAGCUGCUGGGACAACGGAAAAAGCGUAGGACCCACAUCCGGGUUCCAUAACUUUGCUCACGCCAUUGCACAACCAUUUCCAUUGGACAUCAUCAUCUUCGGCAAUCCCAUAGCGCCAAUAAAGGCCCAGUCUGCAAAUCAGGAAAGGAUUGAAGGGAACAUUGCUUACAGAUUCCAAGAUAUCACUUUCUUCAAUGGGUCUAUGGAACUAAUGGUCGUCCCUAAAAAGAAGCUUCAUCCUCUAACAACUUCCUUAACAUGACAAUUAAUUUUGAACACGCUGAAAGUACCAUUACAUAACCUUUUCAAAUUGCUAACGCAGGUUACUCGUCACAAGAGUUACUCCAAAGCUAUUGCCAAUGAAUCGCAGGUUACUCGUCACAAGAGGGGGAUAAGAAAUGGACCAAAGGCAU